GUUGUGGUAGUAAAUUGACCAAAUAUAAGAAGUUGGAGCAGCAAUAAACCCAUACACAAAUUCCAAGUAGAAGAAGGGGAGAGAGAGAGAGACAGAGAGACAGAGAGAGAGAGAGGAGAGGGGGAGAGAAAUGGAAGGAUUAUACGGAGCAGUGAUGGAGGAGAUAGGGCGGUACACCGGACUAUCACCGGCGGCCUUCUUCACAAUCGCCGGGAUGAUGGUCGUGGUUUACAGAAUAGUCACCGGCAUGUUUGUGGGUCCCGAAGAUUACAACAAGCCUCCGGUGGCGGCGACCAUCGACACCGUCGAUUCUGAUUCCAAAUCCAAUUUUGUGAAUAAAUACUUCAAUUCCUCGGGGGCGGCGAGAGGCUCGUCGGUCCAAAUGGGAGACAUGACGGAGGAGCAGCUGAGAGAGUACGACGGGUCUGACCCCAAUAAGCCGCUGCUUAUGGCUAUCAGGGCUCAGAUAUACGACGUCUCUUCCUCCAGGAACUUUUACGGACCAGGAGGACCGUACGCCAUGUUUGCUGGAAGGGAAGCAAGCAGAGCGCUGGCUCUUCUGUCUUUUAAACCCCAAGACAUAAACGGCAAUCUCGAAGGUCUGGGGCCUGAAGAACUUGGCAUAUUGCAGGAUUGGGAAGAUAAAUUCAUCGAAAAAUAUGACAAGGUCGGGCAGCUUGUAGCAGAGCAAACAACUACACAUACCGAUGAGAAAACUGAGGUCGCUGCAGAUGACGCUCAACUGCAAGCAGUUGGACAAGCAGAAUAGAGGAGAGGAGAGAAUAAUCUGUCAAGACAUUGCACGCGCUCGGGCUAGGGUUUCCUUCUACCCGAGCACAAAUAUGUAUCUCAUUUCCGUAUUUUGUAUAAACACAAGAAAUGGUAACAGUAAAUUUUAAAUUUAAGUACA